GGUCGGACAAGCAAGCCAUAAAGUGUCUCUCUCUCCCUAUCAUUCUCUCUCCUCUCUAUCUCCAGGUCGUUGCUGGUUUUUGCCGAUUGAAAUAUUUUAGAGAGAGAAGCAAGAAAAGGGUUUUGUGUGCCAGAUAACAACUAUAUGUUCUAAUAACACUAGGAGAGAGAGAGGGAGAUAGAGAGAGAGAGAGAGAUAGAUAAAGAGAAAGAUGGGAAGCGAUAAAAAUAGCUUAGAAGUUUGUCUUUUUCAUCUUUAGCAUUCAAUUCAUGCUUGAAUUUCUUUCAACACCCCACCCCCUCUAGAGACUUAUCCGUACAUGUAUAGAUGUGGGUGAGAUUGGUAAUUAUACACAUAUGAGUUUUGAGAGAGGUGAAGACCAUCGUCGUCAUCAUCAAAACCACCCUUCACCGCCACCUCAAGACCACCAAGAAAAGACCAAAAACCCUCCCUUUUUGACGAAUAUCAUGGCUACCACCAACAAAGGCUAUUCAAAUACAUCAACCAACACUUUCUUAGACCCACAACAACAUCAUCACCAUCAUCAUCAUCAGCAGCCUCAUCACCAACUACAGUUUGUCCAGCAUCAAGAACAUCAUCACCAUGAUAGCAAUCAGAUAUCAUUCGCUAUGGUCAAUCAUUCCAUGCCCUCGACCAAUCCCACCACCACCAACGAAAAUAUCAUGAGAAACGAUGGCGGUGGGCCUUAUGAUUUGGCUGAUUUAGAUCAAGCACUUUUUCUCUACGGCGACCAAGGACAAGCUGCUACUGGUGGUGAUCCGUCUGCAGCACUGUCUUCUAUACAAGAUCAUCAAAGACAGGGUUCGGCAUCGGGUAUGAGACCUCCAACUUUGAACAUCUUCCCUUCCCAACCGAUGCAUGUGGUAGACCCUUCGACCUCUACUACUAAGGCAACUACUGGAUUAGUUUCUCCAUCAAGCAGUGGUUCAAGAAGACCAUCGGAGCAGUCUAUGGAUAACAUUGCAAUCCACAAAAAGGAUGCUCCUCCACCUGCCCCUCAAUCCUCUAAAGCUAUCAAGAACGAGGGAAACAAGAAAGGGCCUACAACUAGUUCAGAUCAGAAUCGCCCCAAAACACCCGAUCCUAAGACAUUGAGGAGACUUGCCCAGAAUAGAGAGGCAGCAAGAAAAAGCAGGCUGAGAAAAAAGGCUUAUGUUCAGCAGCUAGAAUCAAGCAGAAUUAAACUUACCCAAUUGGAACAAGAAUUGCAAAGAGCUAGAGCUCAGGGGGUUUAUCUUGGUAAUGGCGGUGGUGUUCUUGGAGCUGAUCAAGGUGUUCCACUUGGCAUGAGCAACAUAAGCUCAGAUGCUGCAGUUUUUGACAUGGAGUAUGCAAGGUGGCUGGAGGACUACCAUCGUCAAAUGUGUGAGCUUCAAGCUGCAGUUCAAGAACACUUGCCAGAAAACGAGCUCCGAAUCUAUGUUGAUAACUGCAUAGCACGUAUUGAUGAUGUGAUGAAUCUGAAGAGCAUCGUUGCUAAAUCUGAUGUUUUCCACAUCAUCUCCGGAACCUGGAAAACUCCUGCUGAGCGGUGCUUCAUGUGGAUUGGAGGGUUUCGACCAUCUGAGCUCAUCAAGAUAAUUCUUGGUCAAAUCGAGCCAUUAACUGAGCAACAACUAAUGGCGAUAUGUGAAGUGCAACAAGCUACACAAGAAGCCGAAGAAGCACUUUCACAAGGGCUCGAUGCACUAAAUCAAUCUUUAUCUGAUACCAUUGCUUCUGAUGCUCUAAGUUCCCCUACAAACAUGGCUAACUACAUGGGUCAAAUGGCUGCAGCCAUGAACAAGCUCUCCACCCUAGAAAGUUUCGUUAUACAGGCUGAUAAUUUGCGACGCCAGACAAUUCAUCAUGUACUCCAACUCCUGACAACCCGCCAGGCAGCCAGGAGUUUGCUAGCAGUGGCCGAGCACUUCCAUCGCCUUCGCUCUCUCAGCUCUCUUUGGGUGGCACGCCCUCGACAAGAUUAGGAGAAAAAAGCAACCCAUCGAUCUUGUCUUUCAGUUGGUUCUAGUUUUUUUCUUUCUUUCUCCCCCCCUUUUUUUUAAGUACUUUAUGACGUUUUUUUUUUUGUUC